GUUUACAUCGCCAAUACAAAGUAAGAAGAAGUCAUAUUGAUCUCUCACUCACGUCGUCUGCGCAUGUGCACUUGAAAAGGACGUGCGCUCAUUGCAGGUUCCACUUGCGAUGAAGCUGAGCCUACAACGUCGCCAAGCUCAUGUCUGCUUGGCUCUGCCUCAUGUCCUUGUUGUCGGUGCUUUCACGACUUCACGAAUCGGGACAGCCAGCUGCAUCCUGCCUGCAUCUCUACCCCCCUUUUCAGCCAGUCAGCCCUACGAGUAUGACCUUCGGCACCUCCAGGCCAGGCUUCAGCUGGCGUUCUCACUGCGUAAGAUACGCAGUGUAAGUGGCUUUCGCUCACCUGCCGUAACUUGGGCCAAGCCACAUCCGAUAGCCUGGCUCUGGCUGGCAGCAUCUCCCGACACCUUUCCUUCACAACUUGAACCCAAAGAGCAGAUCCUGAAUGCUGAAUGUACGGAUACACCGACCAACAUGCGUACGCGAGCCAAUGAAAUGCUCGCCGAGCCGCCGUCAGUGCCUUGGCCCAUGCAGCCCUUUCUGCUCAGUGGGCAGGUCAGUUGCGAGGAAGCACAGUGGGAAAGCUUGCGAAUAUUGGAUAACCAUCAAUUACGUACAGCCCGGUGACUACCUUGCACGUAAACAUAACCCGAUGAUGCGGAUUCCCAGAGUAAACACGAUCCUCGAACGUGUCGGGAUCGCUCACACGUCAUUGCCCUAUAACUUUCCAUGCUCUACAAAUGUGAUUUCGCCCAUGCUGUCCCAAUCUUGAAUCAUCAUCAGCUCCGCCAGCAUACGUGCCAUGCUCCGACGGCGCAAGUCAUUAACAGAUAAGUAGGUAUAAGCCGGCUCCCUUUAGUGCUCAAGCAGGCGCAA